CACGUAUACCGCUCCUGCAGGAUGCUCAGUCGGAGAUGCCGCUGGCCGCGCACCGGCGGUUCGCCGUACGAGACGACGGCGACAACGGGGCCACCGAGUAAGACGUCGCCAUGUAUGAAACGGAGCCACCGCGCUGACCGCGGUCAACGAGAACGCCGAGUUCUUGACUUGUACCGCGCGCGGCCCUGCGAGAUGGCUGCGGGGAGAUCCGGGAGCAAGAGGAGCCUUCACACGCGCGCGGACACGCGAAAGCGUGAAACCGGAGAAGGUCCGGCUGUGCCCAUGCUGUCGUCCUCCGCGUGCGAUCACGCCCAUUUCGUGGAAGCGAAGAAAAAGAAGAGAAAAAAAAAAUGGGGACCUCUGCGCAACUCUUGGAACCGAGCCACGGCCAAGCUGGCGUCGGAACUGGGCGACGUCGCCUUAUCUCUCGCAAACCGAGGCGCAGGCGCACGACUUCUCUGCGCCAUGCCUGCUGGCAAGCAUGACGACUCUCCGCCCGGCGAGCGGGCUGUGACGACGGCGCGAUUGCGGCCUGUGUCGGCGGCUACGCUGACGCCGGCGGCAGGAUAACGACACUACACCGGCGCUGACGGUGACUACGCCGUCGACGACGACGACUGCGGCGCGACAGAAACCACUCGCACCUCUAUUUGGUUCUUUCAACUUUUUUUUUUUUUUCGUUUGACGCAGCCUUUCCUUCUCAGAUGCUUGCUUCUUUUUGUUUUUCACACUCUUAGCCUCAGGAAUGCUUCCACUCUUUCUUUUUUGUCUUCGUGGAUGUCUCAAGCAGCUCUCGCGCGCGCUGCCACCGUGCGCCAGGUUGCUUGUGACGACGCCUCGAAUGGUGGUGCCCUUGAGAAGCACCGGGUUCCGUACGUGCUCGCAACCACUUGCAACCCCCCCCC